AUGAGUAUUUUACCAAUAUGCUCACCGAUUGCACGUCAAGCAAAUAUUCCAGUUCGUAAAUCCCAGGAUGUUGUUGGCACUGCUAAUGCAGCCAUUGGAUACAGACUGCAGGAGAGAGCAAUUGGUCACAAAAUACAACAGCAAACGAGGACUGUCAAAGGUCGUGCCGUUCAACAGCAUCAAUAUGGUGAUGUUAAUCGUCCUGUUGUUCAACAUGCACCCGAGACUGGGAGAAAUGUUCGACCGAGAGCCACUGGCACUUCAAUUAUCCCCACGAACGAUGAAAGAGGCAACGACGAGGCUAUGCGCAUUGAGGAGAGAGAAUUGCAGAACUUUAUCAAGAUGCGGGAGUUUGAGGAGAGAACUGAUAAGAUGAUUACACUCAACAGAAUUCGGGAGUUUGUUGAACAAGGUAUGACGGCACACGAGGAAGACAUCAAUAUACGACGUGAGAAGCUACGGCACAUGCUGGAGAUGGAAGACAGUGAAUUGAUGCGAGAAGUCGUGAAUCAGGUACACAGCAGUGAGGAUGCCAAGCGAGAAGAAAUAAGAAUUCGUGCUGAGAUGAAAAAACGAGAGGAGGAGGAGAAUCGAAGGAAGCUGAUAACGAGCAAACGGAGACAGCAGCAUUUGGAAAAUUGUCCGGAAACAAGAGAAAGAAUUUCAAGGGAUAUUGCACGAGGUGUGAAGUAUUCCAACUUGAUUCAAAUGUUGGAGAAGGAGACGCGGCGGAAGGAGGAUAGACAGCUUGACGAACUGUGGUACAAGUUAAUGCUCAAGGAGAAUGAGAAUCAGAGGAUGAGGGAGAAGGAUGAGAUGAGAAAACGAAUGAUGGUGGGUAAAACGACUGGAUUAAUUCUGGAGCAGCAGAUAGCUGGAAGAUCAUCAUCGGCCGGUCAAGUGCAGAGAUUACGUGAACAAGAGAAACUGGAAUUGGAGCAUUUGUGGGACGAGGUGAGGGCUGAAGAAGUACGUAACUUGGCACAUGAGAGGGAGAAACGUGAGAGGCUUAAGGGGGAGUUGGAGGAGCAGCUGAUGGUGGCGAGGAGGAGUAUUGCGGAGCAGAAUAGUCAGCAGGCCGAGGUCGAGAGGAUGCUCAAGGUCGCCAAUGAGGAGGAAUUGAGGAAAGAGAGAGAGGAAAUCGCAAAGAAUACCGAGCAUUUGAGGCAGGAGAUGAUGGCGUACAUGAGGAGUCUUGAGGAUUUACGAGUGGAGGAGGCGAAACGGGCGGCUGAGGUUAAUGCAAUUAUUGAGGAAUCAGCUAGGGAUGCUGGGACGAGACGUGAUCUUGCAUCGAAGCGUUACAGAGAGGGACGCAAACGUAUUUUGGAAAAUUUUCUGGCGGAGAGGGAUGAGCAGAUGCGAUUGAAGAGGGAGAGUGCGAGGGAGGAGCAGAGGCGGCUGGAGGAGGAGAAUUAUUGUUUGAGGAAGGACGCUGAGGUCGGGGCGGCUGAUGGCCGUGCUGAGGCCGUAAGGAGGCGGCAAAUGGCGCUGCACUAUGGACAGCAACUGCAAGCUCAGCGCCAGUACGACGAGGAGAAGAAACGCCGAGAGGUGGAUAGGGACAGAGCGGUGUAUCGUGAUGCACUGAAAGAGAAUGAAGAAUACGUGAAACUCACUGAAGAAAUGGUUAAUGCACCAGAAAUCAUUGCACCGAGGGCAUUCAAAAUUAUGCUGAAAGAAUACUCGGCUCGACGUGACGCACAACAAAAAAGCCUUUGUGGCCAUCGUCCUGUUUCUCUACCCUCAGCACCAAUGUCGCUCUCCUCUGUCACUGGGCUGCAGUACUAA